AUGACUCUGAUCACCCGACUAAGAAACGCGCGCAAACUUUUCGAAGAGAGAAUCUACGGCGGGAAAUUGACCUUCCUGGACGAAGUGUUUCCCAAUGCAGACAUGUCCUCAUGGAAGGUAAUUCUGAGGACGUUCCCACUGAUUCGAAUUGAGGAUCCCCCCAAUCUCGCGGCCAUCGUAGAAGUACUCACGGACAAGGACGCGUCCGUCCAGGCCGCGGCGCUCAUCUACUUCUCUGUGCACACGGCGUGGCUCGUGUUUCGCGAAGAAGUCAUAAAUACGGAGGUGGCACCGAGUCUUGUGGCUCGGGCGUCUUUCUGCAGCAAGCGGAUCGUGCAACUGUUUUCGCUUUGGGACGUGUUGUUAACGCAGCAGAUGACUAGUCCAGACCGAGAUGCGGUCGUGCUACAGCUAUUCGAAAAAGUCGCUGAUGCCGUGCUUGCGGACGCUCAAACCACCUUCUCCGCACACCUCAACUCGAGCGAGGUUCGCAGAGUGGUGCGAGGCGUUCGCGUCGUGUUGGCCGUGGACAUGACAGCGCCAUACUCUCACCAUCUGCCCGACGCCAGCGAUAACUACUUUGAAAAUGCCAUGGAGAUCCGCGAUUUCUAUUUCCAGGUGCGACGCAUGAACGCUGCGCGCGGCCUCGUAGAGCUGCACAGGUUCCGAGAAAACUUGUUCCAGGCGUUCGUCAGCAGAGCGGGCAACAGUAUCGUCAUCUCGGCCGCCGUGUAUGCGCUCCUGAACUUCAACGUCACCCACAGAGGAAACCGUAGCCGAAUCAACGGCGCCAUUGUCAACAAUGCCGCUGUGCUGGGAAUCCUACUGGCCGACGCUCUCUGGGACGCACUGGUCGAGCGAGCACACUUGGAUAUGGAGACCAGCGAGCACCUGUCAGAUCGCGUGUCCUGCACGAAAGUGAUCUUCGGACGCGCGUUGGCCCCUAAUCUGAAGCACCCCCUGCUAUCGCUGCGAUCGACGGCCCGUAUCGUCGCCACCCCGGGCUGGCACCGGAGGGAGCCGGCGUUCGGCUUUCACAGGUUUUCGGCCAGUCAAAUAUUUUUCAUGCUUUUCGCCCUGCACCACUCGUGCCAGACUCUCAGCUCGAACGACGACGACUUCGGGCUAAGAUUGUCGACGUCCAUUCGGCACCUGGAAGAGUUUCGCGAGGCCUUUGGUUGCGCGUCGCAGCGGGAGGUCAACUGGGAGACUGUCUGUGAAGAAGAACCGGAAGACUGACUCACCGGGUUCCUUGUCCCGCCUGUUGCGUACGCGCGGAUUUGUGGCGCGAAAGCUGGGCUUUUAGUCAGGGUGCGCUGUAUUCUGCUUAAAUGAUAGUUCCCACGUAUUGGCGCCCUUUAGGUAUGUGUACUCUGAAACUAACUUGAACUAAGAUAUAUAGGAGUCACGAUUUCAACGUGAUUCUUGUCUGCCACGUUAUAUAGCUGCUUUGUUAUUGUGCGCCUGUACUGUCGAACACCAACACUACUAGCUGAAUGCGGUGAACGCGGGUGACACCUUUAAUUUUGAAUUUUCGAAUAAGCCAAUUUCGUCACUAUUGUUUUGCAUUCUUCCAGUUAUUUCUUGCCAGUUUCAUGAACGUCAGAGUUUUAGAACGAGGACGGCAGUGGUGUCUUGCUCUGCUCGCCAGCCGCCGUGUAAUGUAUGGCCAACAAAGAUGCGACAACGUCGUAGGCUGGCCCCAGGUGUUAGAGUUGUGCCUCUUUGAAUCCUCUGUUAUGCAACUGUUUGAUAGCCACUGGCACGUUGCGCGAUGCUUAGUCAUGUACCUGUAGUUUUUCUUGAAACGCGUGCCGUUUAGUACGUUGUCGUUUCCAGUCGUUUUGUUUUCCUCUCGUUACUUGCAAUGUUACGAUGUCCUGUUCAUGUCUGGCGUGUUUGUGAUUUUAGAUCUUUAAUUUUAUUUACUUCGUCUGUUGGUGUUCCGUAUAUCCCACGCCUACCUAAAACCUGACACAGAGGUUGGCAGUUGUGCAAAAAUAAUUAAAUGCGCGGAUCAAAUUGUAAAAAAAAAUCACAAACGAG